AUGAAAGUUAUAUUGUCAUCCGUCUAUUUUAUUUUCUUGACUCUUGUUGUACCUUUUAUGUGCGUUUUUGGAGGUUUGGCAGAAGCACAAGCUCCAACGGAUACAUUUGUUACUAUCACGUAUGUUCCCACGGCUACGCUUACCAUGACUUCAACAACUUCUUCAAGUGAUGUUGAUACCUUUACGCGAACUUCUUCUACUCAAACUCAUAUUGUAACUAGUCCAACCACCACAACUUCUGGUAAACCUACUCAAACUGCUGGUGCUUCAAUCAUGAAGUGGGAUGUUGAUAAAGCAGCCCUUGGUGCUGCUUGUGGCGUCGCCGCUUUUUUCAUUGCUAUGGCUUAA